AUGAGCGUGAAGAACAGCGCAUCGCCAGCAUCAUCAGGAGCGUCUCCGGCGGUAGAAGAAGAACCUCGCUCGCCCAUAUCAACCAAGAUGGAUGGCUUUAAACGCCGUUUUUCUCGGUCAAAAUCUAACUUCCAGCGUCGUUUGUCUCUCACUUCAAACGGAGAUAAUAAUGCUGCCUCUGCUGCAGUCAGCCAUCCGCGGGCACCAGAUCCAGCGUCGCCAGCUCUUGUUGGCCUGGGACUCAUUGGCGGUGGUUCUACUGCCGCCGCUGCUGUUGGUGGUCAUCAUGGUAAUACUGAUGCGCCGAUGCCGUCGCCCCAGAAUCCUCCGUCAGGACAGCCUCGUUUAGUCUCAGCCCGCCGACGGUCAUUUAAUAUCUCGACUAGAUUCCCGCUCUUCAGCAAGUCAAGGCAACACACCUCUCAUCAGGACGACUCCGUCUUCCACUAUAAGUCUAACCCAGAACCGCUGCGAAGAAGUUGGACUGACGUUGGUGCUGCUACUGAUACUGCCGCUACGACUACCACCUCUGCUGCCUAUCCAAGACCAAGAUCUGCCUCCCCAGCUCGAGCUAUCAGUCCGAGCGAACAAGGCUAUACGCACCUAGGAACCUUCAAGUUUGGCUCUCUCCAUGUUGUAAACGGCUGCGCCUCGCCAGCACCUAGCAGCAAGAAACAAAGGUCUUAUCCAGACUUGAAUGCCAUAGAGCAGUUGGACUCUAAACCAGAGACGGAGACAGAGCAAGUGCAAGAACCACUGCCAGAGAUGGAGACAGUCAUGGUUAGAGCUGAAGAGCCUGUUACCAUGCCUGCUAUUGCUACUCCUCCUCCUCCUAUCCCAAAGAGGUCGUCCUCCAGGCUGAACAUACGUCGUUCGGAGGGCGCGGUCGAAGCCCAACACCUCCCAGAGUUCGCUACCCAGUCAUCCCCUCGGUCUAAGCCAAAGCUCACUCCUUUGGUGACCUCUCGAAGACCAAGUGUCUCCUGGUUCGAUGACUGCCCUACUUCGCCAGCGGGUUUCGGAAGCCCGGAUUCGGCUCAUCUCAGACCACUGACUCCGCCAUCUGUCCAGCCUACGCCUAUGUUGGUGACAACCACGAAGCAAACUGAACACGAUGACAACCUCUUUGAAGAUGAAGGAAUGGAGAUUCCUGUCUUCUGGGAUGAUACCGUCCAAUCCCACGAGAGCUUCCACGAUCCCCAUUUCCACUCGUCCCUGAGCAAAGAACGCCAAGAGACGACGAAGCUGGAGUCUAGUAAGCGCUCUGGUGCUCUGAACAAGACCGACAGCGGAUACAGCUCCGCCUCGGGAAAGUCAGCCUCCAGACACCGCUACACAUCGUCACGACAGAGGAACUCGAGGGAUAGAAACGGUCGCUUGUUCGAUGGAGACUCGAAUCAGGCGCUCAUCCACUGUGACGGAGGUAUUAAUGAUCCAGUCGAGGGCACAAUCUCAAUCACUUCUCAUGGAGACAAGGAGAUUAUCAACGCUGUCUUCCCCUGGCCUCCAGCCCAUCUUAGAUACCCGGUUGAGCCUUAUACAAGCCAAGAGAUUCGGCCCAAGCAGCAGCCUCAGGAACCUACUUAUGAAAAUAAAGCAGAUUCCAUGUCUGAAUAUAACCUGGACCCAACAUACCCCGUCAGAGCCAAAUUUGAACCCUCUCGUCCACCGCCUAUACCACCACGGUUCCGUCAGUCUAUGCAGGUUUCCCGCCCCCGGCCUGCGGAUAGUCAACAUACUCAGUGUAAGAUUCCUUCUCCUGUGGGCCUUGCUAUUGAAAUUUCUCCCAAGUGCAUUUCUCCUAGGGAACCCUCCCCUAAGGAUCGUACCCAUAGAAGUUCUAAUAAUGAACGGUCGUCAAGAAGCCAUGCUAGAAGCCAUGCUAAGGGGAGUUCCCACAAGAGCUACUCUAGCAAGGAACAUACAACCAAGUCCCAUGCGUCUGCUAGCAAUAUGACCAAGAGUAACCCACCCAAGAGCAGCACAACUAAACGACCUAAUAGGAGGUAUCGAGACUCGACUCCCGCCCGGAUGACAGGAGGAAAACCACCCACUGCCCCCCAUGUCCACGCAAGAUCGGCUUCAGAUGCCACCUCUUCGAGGCCGUCAAAGGGUAUUAACAAAGACAAACCUCUUCCGGCUCUCCCACCGCCUGGUCAUCCUCGCUUUCCCGAAGCCCAGAUGCUCACCCCGCCACUAUCGCGCUCAACUUCGAUGGGCGACCUGAAGCUGCUUACCGACACCAGUCCUGCAGACCUGAUAAACUAUAUCGAUAACCACACCCCUGUUAAAAUAGACAACAACUUGUGGGGAUCCCUCUCCACUGACCCAGAACUAGACCUGGAACUCCUCCCGCUAAAUCUAGACCUUAACAAGUCUGCUCUCGACAACUACCAACCUAGGAAAUCCCUUCAGGAAUCGAUCAACCAGUCUACAGCUACAACUCGGCAACCCAAAAAACUCCAUAGGAGCGCAUCACAUUUCAGCUUCUCUUCGUCUAUCAAUCAAAAGCCAAGCGGUCGAUACUCCACUUUCCCACCAUCGCCGGUCCGUGAUGUCUUCUUCGAUCGCAAGUCUCGGAAAGCGAAAUAUCAAUCCACACCACCAACAUCAUACCGCUUCUCCCAGCUUAAAUCAACUGUGACUGAGAGGCGCUCAAGUCACCUACCCGGCGCCCCAUCGACAACUUGUGCUGCGCAAAUGGCUCUGGCGCAUCAGAAACCGGGUGCGCUCAACCAUAUUGAAAGUUAUCUUUGA